AUGAAAAUCAAUGUUGCAACCAAUUUUAUCAAUCGUGUCAUCAAGAUCACCACCAACAAAUCAUCCGAUCAGCAAAAACAUGUCAUCUUUCAACAUCUACGCCAGAAUAAUUAUCCGACAGCAUUGAUCAACAGACUGCUAAACCGUAUUCAAAAUCGCAUCGAAACUCCUCAGCCAGAACCACCACCGCUCCAAUCCGAUGAAGCUGCCGGUACAGAAAUCGAACAGCAUAUCCCAUCACAGCUAACCACUGCACCGUCCAGCCAAAAACAAUACACGUAUCGCGCAAUUCCGUAUAUUCCUCAACUCAGCACAGGAAUAAACAAAACUUUCCAAGCCAGCUAUCCUAACGUAAAACUUGCCAGCAAACCGAUAAAAACGACAAAACACCUGCUACCACCUGUAAAAGAUCCAGUACCACCGUUGCAGCAGUCCCAAGUAAUUUACAGCAUCCCGUGUGCCGACUGCGAGAAGUGCUACAUUGGAAUGACGAGAAAUCAGCUGAAAACCCGUCUCAGUGGACACAAAUCUAAUAUAAGCAAACAUGCUAGACUAGUAGAAACGAAUACAGAAGCAGCUAAACUAGCCACUUUCGGUUCCGCCUUAAUUGACCAUAUGAUACAACACCAACACAAUUUCGAUGUAAGCAAAACUAAAAUAAUUGACCGCAGUUAUCGAACCACAGCUCUUCCAAUACUUGAGAUGUGUCACAUUACUAACACUCCCAACACUGUUAAUUAUCGUAGCGAUGUAGACAAUUUGAGCAGUACGUACGCUGGCAUCUUACAUACCAUCAAAAACAAUAAGCAAUCGAAAAGAGCACAGCAGUCUACCGUCUCCUAUACAACUCUCAUGAGUGUCUAUCAUAGUCCACAACCCUAA